AUGACGGCGACCACAAUGGAAAUCGAAAUGGAGAUUAUUGGGGAUAAAGCCGAUGACGCUGAUAACGAUGAUCGAUCGUUUUUUUUUAUUUCAAAUUUUCUAAUUUAUUUCUCUUUUGUCUUCUCUUUUUUUUUUUUCCUAUGCCUUGCUCUUCGCGGAUGUUUUUUCUUUUCUAAUUUCUAUUUUAAUUUCUUUCUGUUUUAUUCUAUCAACAAUCAACAGGCAUCUUUCUAUAUUACUUCUGACCAAUUUUCCCAUCUGUUUCCUCUUUCUUUCUUUCUUUCUUUUUUUCUUUCUUUCAUUCUUUCUUUCUUUGCCAUUUUAUGUCUUUCUUUCUUUCUUUCUUUCGUUCUUUCUUUCAUUCUUUCAUUCUUUGCCAUUUUUAUGUCUUUCUUUCUUUUUUUCCUUCUUUUCUUUCUUUGCCAUCUUUUAUGUCUUUCUUUCAUUCUUUCUUUCUUUGCCAUUUUAUGUCUUUCUUUCUUUCUUUCUUUCUUUCUUUCAUCCUUUCUUUCUUUGCCAUUUUUAUGUUUUUCUUUCUUUCUUUCAUUCUUUCUUUCUUUGCCAUUUUUAUGUCUUUCUUUCUUUUUUUCCUUCUUUUCUUUCUUUGCCAUCUUUUAUGUUUUUCUUUCAUUCUUUCUUUCUUUGCCAUUUUUAUGUCUUUCUUUCUUUCUUUCUUUCUUUCUUUCAUUCUUUCUUUCUUUGUCAUUUAUAUGUCUUUCUUUCUUUCUUUCUUUCAUUCUUUCUUUCUUUGCCAUUUUUAUGUCUUUCUUUCUUUUUUUCCUUCUUUUCUUUCUUUGCCAUCUUUUAUGUCUUUCUUUUCAUUUCUUUCUUUCUUUGCCAUUUUAUGUCUUUCUUUCUUUCUUUCUUUCUUUCUUUCAUCCUUUCUUUCUUUGCCAUUUUUAUGUCUUUCUUUCUUUCUUUCAUUCUUUCUUUCUUUGCCAUUUUUAUGUCUUUCUUUCUUUCUUUCUUUCUUUCAUCCUUUCUUUCUUUGACAUCUUUUAUGUCUUUCUUUCAUUCUUUCUUUCUUUGCCAUUUUAUGUCUUUCUUUCUUUCUUUCUUUCUUUCUUUCAUUCUUUCAUUCUUUCUUUCUUUGCCAUUUUAUGUCUUUCUUUCUUUCUUUCUUUCUUUCAUCCUUUCUUUCUUUGCCAUUUUUAUGUCUUUCUUUCUUUCUUUCAUUCUUUCUUUCUUUGCCAUUUUUAUGUCUUUCUUUCUUUUUUUACUUCUUUUCUUUCUUUGCCAUCUUUUAUGUCUUUCUUUCAUUCUUUCUUUCUUUGCCAUUUUAUGUCUUUCUUUCUUUCUUUCUUUCUUUCAUUCUUUCUUUCUUUGCCAUUUUUAUGUCUUUCUUUCUUUCUUUCUUUCUUUCUUUGUCAUUUAUAUGUCUUUCUUUCUUUCUUUCUUUCUUUCAUUCUUUCUUUCUUUGUCAUUUAUAUGUCUUUCUUUCUUUCUUUCUUUCAUUCUUUCUUUCUUUGUCAUUUAUAUGUCUUUCUUUCUUUCUUUCUUUCAUUCUUUCUUUCUUUGCCAUUUUUAUGUCUUUCUUUCUUUCUUUCUUUCUUUCUUUCAUCCUUUCUUUCUUUGACAUCUUUUAUGUCUUUCUUUCAUUCUUUCUUUCUUUGCCAUUUUAUGUCUUUUUUCUUUCUUUCUUUCAUCCUUUCUUUCUUUGACAUCUUUUAUGUCUUUCUUUCUUUCUUUCAUUCUUUCUUUCUUUGCCAUUUUUUAUGUCUUUCUUUCUUGAUUUCUUUCUUUGCUUUUUCUUUCUUUCUUGCUGUGCCUUUUCUUUCUUUGCUUCUAUUUAUUUAUUACUCCAUUUCUUUCUUUCUUUCUUUUUCGUCGCGUUUUCUUUCGUUCUUUCUUUCGUUCGUUCUUUCUUUCUUUGCCUUGAUUUCUUUCUUUACGCUCUCCUUUUGA